AUGUCUACAAUCCAAAAAAUUACUACUUAUCCUCCCCCUUAUUGGUCAAUUAGUAACGCUUCUGGAGGGAUUCAGGUGAAUCCUGCUGACAAUUAUCUGAACUAUAAGGUCGUCAAUGCCCAACAAUCUAACGAAUGGGCAUUUGUUAGUGUUCUAAAUAACUUAUCAACCAAAGCUGGUGCCUUUAUUAUCUUUCGUAUCCGCGUAAACGCUAUACAAAAUGCUUUUGAGGCCAAAUUAUCUCUCUGUCCGUAUGGGGAGUCGGGGGCCACCGGACCACCACCCAGAGGUGUAAUUCUGAGAUAUUUCGCGGGUAGUUUCAACUAUCAAUGGUAUGACACCAGUGGUAACUUCCAACAACUUUCCGCCAGUAACAUACGUGACGAUGGUGCUUGGCACACAAUUGUUAUGGGCUUGAAUCCUCAAUCAGUGACUCUCCUUGAAAAUAGUAGCUAUAAAUUCACAUGGAAUGUUAACGUCCCUGAUAUCGUGAACCCCACGUUUGAUAUGGCGAUUUCGGAUGUGGGGAGUAGUUUGGAUAUCGAUAUAGGUGAUGUUCUUGUUAUACCAUCUAAGGUUGAUGAUAAUAUCAGUGAUUAG